AUGAUUCCCCUGAAUGUUUUUGUCAAACCUCACCUUAUUGUUGAUGCGCGGAAUAUACAGGUGCAUCCUGCAGACCGUCAGAAUGAAUGUUAUGAGAGCCAGUCACUGCCAAGCCUAGUUCCUAGAAACACCAUCACAGGUAGGUUUGUUUCAUUCAUUCAGGUGUGAGGUGUUUAGAGGAUGCAUGCAGAUGAAAAUGUCCUGAUAAUCAAUUGCAUAUAUUCUCCUUCAAGGUGCAUUGACGUUGAUAUUUGCAUGUCAAAGCUAAUAUACAUCUGUCCUGUAUUUCAGACCAGGAUGCUCCAAGUCUCAUCUGUCUUUGGCUAUGAGAGGCCCCUGGUCAUCAGGGUGUCAUUCAGCACCUGUGUCCUGGCGACUGUGUGCCUGCCUCUGCUGGGACUCAUCACCUGUGUCUUCAUAUCCUCCACUUUUCAUUAUGAGGAUUCAACUGGCACUCAUUGCCAGGUAAUUUUUGCAUUGAGCGUACUUAACCAGCAAAGGAAUGUGGCUAAGAAUGCAGGUCCAAUGCAAGAGACAUAUAGGGGAGACCAGGGCUUGUUGUCACACUUUUUACACUCAUAUAUUUCUUGCAAUCAAUACAUCAUAUAUAAACAAAAUAUGUACUAGAUGAAAGACCAAAGUCUCAGGUAUAUAUUUUGUAUUCAUGUCAUUUUCAUAUCUUGUGUCAGAGCAGAGUUAUAACCGAUCAAAGAGAGAGUGUGAACAUUUGAUAUGUUGCCCCACCAUUGGGUAAGUUGUCUCACUACAUAGGGUAAGAUGUCACAGUGGAUUUUGAAGCCAACAAAAUGAAAGUUGAACAUCAAAGCCAGGCACAGAAAAUGUUUGUCAUUGAGCUUGAAAAGGUCGUUGAACAUAGCCAUUGAACAAAUGUUUACAUAAAAUAUUAUGCAACAUGUUGUGGAGUUUGGAGAGCUGUCUAACUCUGUAUUUAUGUUAUUUGUUUUUCUGUAGUUGACAUUAAAGUCCUUUAUUGUACUCCAGAUUGAUUUAUUAGCUUGGGUCACCUGCUUGACUGCCCUCAGCAUCACGUCAGGCACUGCACUGCCAUGUUCUGUUUUUCUUUUGUAAUUCCUGACCAUGUCUUUUCACUUUCUCCUCUCCUUUAAACCACUCUUUUCUCUGUAAAAAUAAAGUCAAAAUUUCAACAUGACAAUUGCUGAUAUGCAGACUCUCUGUGUUUAUUUUAAUCCAUUUCAAACAUGUGACAACUAACCCCAAAAUGACUGAGACAUGUUGCCCCAAACUACCAUGUGUGCUAAUUCUAGCUCUAGUUUAAAGUUAGUUUAAAACAGAACAGUGAGUGAGGUAUGACAGGAUGUCUUAAUCUCUCCUCUAACAAGUCCACAUGUAUCACUGCUUGGAUUUUUAUCUGGAAGAAGCUGACUUUAAAAUAUAUCAAGUUAUUUUUUUUUUACUUUGGAUUGUGCAAAAUGGUUAAUUGGUGCUCAUCUCAGCUCACAUUGUGCUCUUCUACUUUCAGACAGGACACGAGUCCUGACCAUCUAAAGGAAGAAAACCAGUGUUUCACUUUUUAGUAGCGCCCCCUGGUGGCAAAGAUAAUUGCAAUGUGACAACUUACCCAUGUGACAACAAGCCCCGGUCUCCACUACCCUUGUUUUAUGCUAUAUCAAACUAUAAUUUUAUGUCCUGCCAAUUAAAGAUGCAGAAUGUGUUAAUUUUGGCCAUUUAGCAAACAGACUUGAUAGAAAUUAAAUACCUUAUUCAUGUAUAUUAGUGUAGAAUAAUGUGAAUAAAGAAAAAAGGAUGCAGCACACUUCCCCUUUUGUUUUUCAGGUUCCUAACUACCUGCCAUCCAUCAGUGCCUCCAUCAGCCUCAGUCCCGAGUGCCACAUAUGGCGGUUCUGCAUUGGUCUGCACUCAGCGCCGAGGUUCCUUGUGGCGUUCACCUACUUUAAAUUUUACAGGUCACGUUUUGCCUCCAAAGCCCCCGAGAGUUCACUCACAUGCUUGAACCUGGCAUUUUCUGUCUCUGAGAAUCUAGGACUCCUGCUUCUUACUUAUGUUUCAUCCACGGAAACCUACUGUGAGUAACCCGAGUUUUUACUUCACUGCGAAGGUUUUUACCAGAUUGUUGUUUUAAGAGGAAUCUUUGUAGGGAACCUGAAGCAAAAUAAAGAACCCUACAUCUUACGAUGAAUUUUAUGUUGACUAAUGCUAUUUCAUCCUCUUUGCUUUUUAGUUGUUCAUAAGGAAGGUUUUGUCCUCUUCAUCGUGAGUUCACUUAUCCAUAUGCUGAUAACCUGCCGUUUAUGGAAAGCUAUUAAGAAGUAUUCAUUAAAUCCUGAGGUGGGGUAUACAAUAGAAUAUUAAAACCUCUGAUUACAUGAGUAAUAUGUCAGUCUACUUCAGUGUUACUGUUUUUUUCUUGUAGGAUGCCAAGUCUCACCACUGGAAAGUGCGUUUCUUAUUUGUCAACGUAUCAUGCUGUGCGUUUGCUGGAUUCUUUUACUGGAAACACAACAUGUACUGCGAAUCAGGGAGUGAGUAACCAAUGAAUUUGAGAUGUAUGAAGAUCACACUAAUCAUAUUAAAUUGCAGCAACAACAUUUCUGCAACAUAAUCGUGUUUUUUUUCUCUCAACAGGUUACACUUUUUUUGCCUUCUUUGAAUAUCUUGUCGUCUUUUCCAACAUGGCCUUCCAUCUCACCGCGGUGUGGGACUUUAAAAGCCGGGAGGUGAUGGUCAUAUCAUCCUCUGAGGAGAAAGACUUCUGA